AUGUCCUCAAAAACGUCACCGUCAGAAUCCCGGGGCCCGAGCCCCGGUCAAAACCCCGGAUCCCAGUCAGCCGUCAAUGGCCCCUCGAACACCGACGUGGAGAUGAAGCCCAUGCGAUCUGACCCCCCGAAGGGCUCAAUCCCUCUGGGGGAGGACGUGAUGCAGCUGGCUCGGAUGGGAGAGAUUGGCGCCAUGAAAAACCUAUUUGUGGCCAAGAAUAUGACCGCAAACCACCGAGAUGAAGAGGGCAUCACCCCGUUACAUUGGGCCGCUAUCAACAACCAAUAUGCGAUGUGUAAAUUCCUCCUCGACUCCGGAGCCGAUGUCAACGCCAAGGGAGGAGAGUCGGUGGCAACGCCAGCCAUGUGGGCAGCACAGCGGUGCCAUUACUACAUUGUCAACUUGCUUCUCCAGAACGGCGGAGAUCCUCUGUUGACGGAUGUGCAAGGGUACAACAUCCUUCACCUCGCGACCAUCGACGGCAACGCUUUCCUAGUUUUGCUGCUUCUCCACCAGGAAAUCCCCGUGGACGUCAUUGACCAGCAAGGACAUACUGGACUGAUGUGGGCUGCAUAUAAGGGAUAUCCCGCUUGCGUGGACUUGUUCCUGCGCUGGGGUGCUAAUGUGAACGCCGUGGAUGAAGGUGGCCUGACACCGCUGCACUGGGCGCUGGUAAAGGGAUCUAUGCCCUGCGUCCUGAAGCUGCUUGAGUUUGGCGCUGACCGAUUCGCGCCGACCCGAGAUGGCAAGUCCCCCGCGACUGUGGCGCAGGAAAUGAACACUUUGCGGGUGUGGUAUCGCUCGCUCAACGAGCGCGGCUAUGAGCCCGAUGGAAGCCAGAAAGUGGUGCCUUUUGGGAUGUCAAGCUUCACGCGAAACAAGAGCCUCAUGGCCAAAUUCUUCUUCCUGUGGCCCUUCUUGACUCUCGUCCUGGCCGUUUGGUUGUUGAGUAAUCUGGUCAUCUUCAUCGGUGUGCCUGUUACAUUGGUGACUGUGUUCGGUAUGCAGUACAUCGCACAGCAGGUGGCGAACAAAGGACCUUCGGAAUAUCGAAUUUUGCAAAAGACGCCAUAUCUCGCUGGUGUCUUCGCAGCUACAUUGUUUUGGGUCGGUUUCCGUUAUGCCUUCAAGUUGGUACCGGCAACCUACUCUUCUAACCCAAUCCUGAACAUAUUUUUCGCCGUCUUCUUCUGCUUAACUGCCUACUUCUAUAUCUUUGCCAUGGUACAAGACCCUGGCUAUGUCCCGAAGCUCAGCAGCAGGAACCAACAGAGAGAGAUUGUCAAAGAGCUUUUCGAGCAGUGGAAAUUUGACGAGGAAAACUUCUGUAUUCCCUGCAUGUCGAGAAAACCACUCCGAAGCAAGCACUGUCGUCGUUGCGGCCGUUGUGUCGCGAAACAUGAUCACCACUGCCCAUGGAUUGACAACUGUGUGGGAGCAAACAACCUCCGUCAUUUCGUUCUAUAUAUCAUCUCCUUAGAAGUUGGAAUCAUCCUUUUUGUCCAGCUGUCAAUUGCUUAUAUCACGGCUCUUCCUGCCCCCGCUGACGCCAAAUGCAGCGUCAUCAACGACACGCUGUGUGAUUACGUCUCGCGGGACACCUUCACUAUGGUUCUCACCAUCUGGACCAUCCUCCAGCUGGUCUGGGUCACGAUGUUGUGCGCCGUCCAACUGGUCCAAAUUUCACGCAACCAAACCACCUCUGAGAACAUGCGAGGCCACCACAUCGACCGGUCCUACCCAAGCUCCCAAGCCUUCGCCUCAGCCAUGACUGCCGGAACCACCUCCAUGGAAGCUGCCGGCCUCUCUGCCACUGGCGCCGGUCCCAACCCAGCCCUUAACCGUGGCCCUGCACCCCGCCCCAAGGGCGGCUGCCUCCGACAAUGGUCCUCGCUUCUCGGCGUUGACACUUUCUGGACGACCGCGAAGGAUGGACUACGCGAUGGACCGCACGCUGCUCGCCCCCGCAACCCAUUCUCUCGCGGCCCCAUCACCAACUGCCGCGACUUCUGGUGCGACCCAGCUCCUCUCUUUGGCAAGCGCCAUUCUGGCUCCGCCAUGCUGGGGGGUGAAGUGGUGAACUAUCAUGACAUGUAUGAAUCCCCGAUGCGCAUGCACACCGGUAACCGGUCCGACGCCGGCAACUACCACAGUGUGGCAGCCGAGGACCCCGAACGCAUGGUCUAA